UCCGCUUUCUUUUCCUUCACUUUUAUAUCAUCCAUUUCGGCUAAACCAAACCUCCCCCUAGUGAAUUGGAGAAGAAGAAAAGAAACUCACCCUAAAGCAAGUACCAUAUCGUUCUUUGACGAACAUCGGACGAAAAUACUAGGGCUACUACUCUUCAAGCUUAAUCCAACAACAUCAUGGGAGAUAGUCAGUACUCAUUCUCUCUCACCACUUUCAGUCCUUCUGGGAAGCUUGUCCAAAUUGAACAUGCCUUAACAGCUGUUGGAUCUGGUCAAACAUCUUUGGGAAUUAAAGCUGCUAAUGGUGUCGUUAUUGCGACAGAGAAGAAAUUACCAUCUAUCUUGGUUGACGAAACAUCUGUGCAAAAGAUUCAGAUUUUGACCCCAAAUAUUGGAGUUGUAUACAGCGGAAUGGGACCCGAUUCUCGAGUUCUGGUUCGGAAAAGUAGGAAGCAAGCAGAACAAUAUCAUCGAUUAUACAAAGAACCAAUCCCUGUCACACAACUGGUACGAGAAACUGCUGCUGUAAUGCAGGAAUUCACUCAGUCAGGUGGUGUAAGGCCUUUUGGUAUUUCACUGCUGGUUGCCGGGUUUGAUGACAAGGGUCCACAACUAUAUCAGGUGGAUCCAUCAGGUUCUUACUUCUCUUGGAAAGCUUCAGCAAUGGGUAAGAAUGUGUCUAAUGCCAAGACAUUUCUCGAGAAGAGGUACACUGAUGAUAUGGAACUCGAGGAUGCUGUCCACACAGCAAUCUUGACACUAAAGGAGGGAUUUGAAGGACAAAUCUGCUCCAAAAAUAUUGAGAUUGGCAUAAUCAGCAGUGACAAAAAAUUCAGAGUACUUACACCAGCUGAAAUUGAUGAUUACCUGGGUGAAGUGGAGUAAACUUGUCUUCAACCAGCCUAGGAAAUGGAAAACCUGUUUUUCCUGUUUGUUAGAAAUGAGGCAUGUUGAAAGACCCAUGUGGGUUUUUAAACUAGAUUUGUUAUGCUGUUAACUGUGAUCUCUUUUGAUUUUAUUUAAUGAAAUUUUAUGUAUUAAAACCUCCAGAGACCAAGAGUAUAUUGUGGUAAACAAUGCAUUUUUUUUUAUGGUAUAAUGCUGAGAUGCUUCAUUCAA